AUGGCCGAGCAUGACAAAACUACAAGACGUUUCAGCUACUUUGUAGCUGCAUUCCGCGUGACGGGGAUACCCCUUCUCAUGGACCGCGUUUCUCCGCUGUAUUGGGUGUACGCCGCUGUGGCGACCGUGUGCUGCUAUGCGUCGUACUCUGCUCAAGUCGUAGAUCUUUUGAAAAACACGCGAGAUCUUGAGCGCACAAUGGAGACUGCUCGCGUAGUCGCCGGAGCAGGGAUGACUGUGUGGAUAUAUGGUUUCCUCAGAUUUCGCAUAAAUUCAUUAGAACGACUGUUACACCUCGCAGAAUCCUUUGUGUGGGAAGAUUUGCCUACCACAGACCCUGAAACAGGUUCCAUGGCAGCGGCUGGAUGGAUUCCACGCAUAGAAUCUGUCACCCGACGGUUAAUCAACAUUACUCUAAUUUUCCACUUCAGUUACGUCAUCAUAAAGAGAGCGGUGUCGAGCAAACCCCAGCUUUCAUACAACACCUGGUAUCCUUUUGAUAUAUCAUCUACCAUCGUAUUCGAGCUUGUUAAUAUAUCUCAGCUCUUAGCAGCUCUGAUAUACACCCUCAUGCUCCUGGGAUUCAACGGACUGUACGCCACCCUGGUCUGCAUCGCCUGCAGUCAGCUGCAGAAGCUGAGAGCAAACCUUUUGGAUAUCAGACAGAAACAGGACACAGCAGAGCAUCCGGACCCGGGUGCUGAGACUGGACAUGAGGAAAGACAGAAAGUACACGCCUUCUAUCACAUGCAGGACCAGCUCAACGACUGUGUACGUCACCACCAGCAAAUACUGAGUUACAUUCGAGCGAUGGAGGAGACGUUCAGUCCGAUGAUGGUGGUGAUAUUCCUGCUAGAUCUAGCCUCCUUAUGUCUUGGCUCAUUCUCUAUAGUUACGAGUUGGGGGAACUACGUCCAGAUGUCUCAGGGUAUCGUGACGUACGGAUUAUUACUGCUAGUGCUAGCUAUAUACUGCUGGUUCGGAUACGAGCUUUCAUAUCAGGCGGAGAACGUGCGAGAUGCGGCCUGGGGAUGUGAUUGGGUCGGAACGCCAGUUUCCUUCCAGAAGAGCAUCAGAUUAAUAAUAUCAUCAGCUAACAAGGAGUUCACCCUCACUGCUGGAAAGAUUGUGCCAGUGACGAUCAGCACGCUGGUUACUAUGGUUAACCAGAGCGUGUCCUACUUCAUGUUCCUGCUAGAAGUUAAGAAAAACAUCGAACACACAUGGGAAGUCAUCAGGUUGCAGAUGGAGGCGACAGCCUCCAUUAUGAAGGGCAGUUGCGAACAUGUUGGAGAAGCAGUUGUAAACGAUCAACAAUGGGUGACCGUUCAUCUUGGUGUUGGACGCUGGUACAACAACUCCUCACCAUAA